GGCGUGGUUUCCAAAGUCUGAAGUUGAUAACGUAAGCCUAGCCCCUUGCAUGCUAGCAUUAUUAUCAUACUCGACUCCAGGACAAUGUCAGAGCAACCCAAGAGAAGUAAAGUUACUGCUGGGAUAAUCAUCAUAGGAGAUGAGGUUCUGAAAGGUCAUGUACAGGACAUUAACUCUCACUACCUGUGUCAGCAGCUGUGGGAGCUGGGUGUGCGUGUGGGCCGGAUAAGCGUAGUGGCUGAUGACCUCUCCGGUAUAGCAGAGGAGGUGAAGAGAAUGGCCCCCCUCUAUGAUUUCGUGUUCACCACAGGGGGUAUUGGGCCCACACACGAUGAUGUCACUAUGGAAGCGGUUGGCAUGGCGUUUGGGGAGGAGCUCCACCCACAUCCCGAGGUCCUCCAAGCUCUCAGCAUUGAUAGCUUCAGUGACACCGAUUCUGGCUGGAAAAAGAUGGUAAUGGUACCGAAAUCAACAAAGAUCUACAAUCAAACUGACGACAAUGGACACUUCUUCUUUCUACUAAUGGUGGUCAGGAAUGUGCAUUGCUAUCCUGGUGUGCCAAGCUUGGUCCGAGGAAUAUUUCAGAGUUGCAAGGACCUGUACAGCAUCAGUAACACUCGGUUCUUCCUACGAGAGUUCUUCUUCAGCUGUGAUGAGGACAUGUUAGCAGAUCCCCUCACCAGAGUACAGGCAGAGUACCCUGAUGUACAGCUGGGCUCUUAUCCCAACGUCUCCGUCACCUCAACCAUGAACCAUCUUGUCAAGAUCACCUUCGAGUCAGACAAUAGGGAACAAGUUGACAAGGCAUACUCCAGACUGCUGCUCUCACUGCCAGUGGACGUAAUGAUGUCGGCCAAAGAUAACUACAGUCACACGGACACCUCUCUUAUGGAGUCGAGGAAGGUGGUAUCGUGGAUGUUUGACCGAUUGCCCUCCAAUCAAUUCACUCUAGUUGGUAGACUCUGUCAGCGACUGCACAAGUCAGUAGCCAUACUAGAGAGCCUCUUGGACAAGUACAGUUUCAACGAGAUAUGUGUAGCGUUCAAUGGUGGUAAGGACUGUACAGUGAUCCUCUACCUUCUGCAUGCAAUCUUAGAGAGGAGAAACCAUAACUUCUCUGAGGGCAAGUUGCAGGUACUGUUUGUGGAUCACACGACUUUUAAGGAAACAGAGACGUUUGUGGAGGAGAGUUCUCUCAGGUAUGGGCUUGAUGUGAUUCGUAUCAAGGGCAGUAUUAGAGAUGCACUGUCUGAGCUCAAGUCCUCCCACCCUCACCUGAAGGCCGUGUGUAUGGGCACUCGGUCCACUGACCCACACUCAGACAAACUGGUGCCCUUCUCCCCAACUGAUAGCAGCUGGCCAGAGUACAUGAGGGUCCACUGUAUACUGGACUGGUCUUAUAGUGAUGUGUGGCAGUUCCUGAAGUUGUUUCGAGUGCCCUACUGCAAGCUAUAUGACAGAGGGUACACUUCACUAGAUGGAGUCCAGGACACGCUACCCAAUCCAGCCCUUCUUAUUAACAAUCCUAAAGCUUUGAACUCUGACCUUUGCGACUACCUCCCUGCCUACAUGCUCAGUGACGAGGGCUUGGAGAGGGCUGGAAGAACUAGGUAGUCAAUACUAUUGACUUCAUCAGCAUUUUGUAAAAUUAUUUAUUAAUUCGUAUAUUUUUUUUAAUUAACUGCAUUUUUUUGUAUAGCUACAUGUAUGUCUAUCAUGCAAAUGAAAAUCAAUCUUAUUUUUUAUUGCA